AUGCCCGCCGACUACAAAGAUGUCAAGAACAUCAUCGAGGCUAACGGCAAUGCCGCCGGCGAAGCUGCCGACCUCUACGGCGACCUGGCUACGGCUGAGGAGUACGGAUAUGUCGAGCGAGGUCUCAAGUCUCGCCAUAUCCAGUUUAUUGCUCUCGGCGGUACUAUUGGAACUGGUUUGUUCUUGGGUAUCGGCAGCGCCUUCGCCACUGCUGGCCCUCUCUCCGUGCUGCUUGGCUAUACCUUCACCGGCCUCGCUGUCUUCGCCAUGAUGCAAUGUCUUGGUGAGAUGGCUACCUGGCUUCCUCUCCCUGGUGCCAUUCCUCAGUACUGCUCUCGUUAUGUCGACCCGGCCAUGGGAUUCGCUGUCGGAUGGAACAACUGGUACCAAUCCGCCAUCACGCUUUGCGCCGAAAUUGCUGCUGCAUCCGUUGUCGUUGAGUUCUGGAACGACCAAAUCAGCAUAGCUGCUUGGAUUUCCGUCAUCAUCGUCCUCGUCAUCUGCUUGAACAUCUUCGCCGUCUCCAUCUACGGAGAAGCCGAGUUCAUCUUCGCCUCGAUCAAGAUCAUUACCAUCAUUGGCUUGCUUCUGCUCGCCCUCAUUCUUGACCUGGGAGGUGGACCAAGCAAAGACCGCAUUGGAUUCCGCUACUGGAAGAACCCGGGUGCCAUGAAGGCAUACAUUAGCACUGGUGAUGCUGGACGCUUCCUCGGCUUGUUCUCUACUCUUGUCAACGCCGCCUUCUCCUACGGUGGUGUCGAGAUGGUUGCCGUCGCGGCUGGCGAAGCCACCAACCCCCGAAAAAACAUACCCAAAGCUGUUAAGCGCGUCUUCUGGCGCAUCCUAUUCUUCUACGUCUUGGGCUCCCUUGCGAUCGGUGUGCUCGUGCCAUCCAACGACAAGAAGCUCUUAUCGAAGGAGGCCGGUGCAGCUCGCUCUCCCUGGGUCAUCGCCAUCUACCGUGCCGGCAUCCCUGCCCUUCCCUCCAUCAUCAACGCCGUCAUCCUAACCUCCGCUGCCUCAUCCGCCAAUGCCUUCCUCUACACCGGCUCGCGUUACCUCUUCGGUGUUGCCCAGAACGGGCAGGCGCCUAAGUUUCUCCUCAAAUGUUCCAAAGCGGGCGUACCGUACUACUGUGUCGGCAUCACGGCCGCUGUUUCUCUCCUAACCUACAUGAGCGUCUCCACGGGUGCCAACGAUGUUUUCAUCUGGUUCCAAGCCCUCACGACCAUCGCUCAACUUUUCACCUGGUGCAGCAUCUGCAUCGCCUACCUCCGCUUCCGCAGCGCGCUCAUUGCUCAGGGCGUCGACCGCAACACCCUCGUCUUCAAGUCCCGCUUCCAGCCCUACACCGCCUGGUUCGCCCUCCUGUACUUUGCCAUGAUCAUCCUCUUCAACGGCUUUGCCGUCUUCACAAAGGGCAACUGGGCCGUGCAAGACUUCAUCACCGCCUACAUCGGCAUCCCGAUCUACUUCUUCCUCUACGCCGUGUGGAAGAUCUGGAAGCGACCGGGCUUCGUCAAGGCGGCUGAGGCGGAUAUCUGGAGCGGCAAGGCGGCGUUGGAUGCGCAGAUCUGGCCGGAGCAGAUUCCGAGGAAUUUCCUUGAGAAGAUCUGGUUCUGGAUCUGUUAG